AUGUUCCAAAAACAUCGAAGGAGGCUGAUCCUUGGUGAACCGAUACCAGUACCUAUGAGCCUUCGAGGUUCGACAACCCGUACCAUUCAUGUUUCUAUGCCUCCCAUGCACAGUGGACAAAAUUAUGUUCCUGGCCAUCUGUUCACUGCCUCAACGGACUUUGCAACUACUCAGAACUACCGUACUUCUAUUGCGUCGUCGAUAUCGUCCAGUCUUUACAGUUACAAUACUGCCGCUCGUAGUUGCCAGACUGGUACUGGUGCUAGUGUGGUCAGGGUUGCCUCGAGAUUAAAGUAUACCCAAUCUCGGCCCCAUUUACUCGAUCCGGCUGAGACCUACAUUUCAAGUCAUGGUCGCGACAGAGCUGCGGAAGAGUAUACCAAGACCCGUUCCAGACCACCCUCUGAUGCUGCUAGUGCUGGUCAGAUUCUACCUGAUCAGGAUGAUUACGCAAAUAGCUUAGAGCACCAUCAAGAUCCACCUACCCGUGGGGGUCUCCCAAUCAGACCUCUCAUGAAGAUCAUCACUUCACAACCGAGGCAGCCCCCUGUGGCACUGAUGUCUCCACCAAUAUCAACCGAAUCUGGGGCUUACAGGUCCGAUGCCAUCGGAGCGUCCGGCUCUCGUGACAAGGUGGAUGUCACCAAGAGACGGUCUCGACAUUCCCGUCGCAGCACACUGCCAUCUAACCUCAGCCUCUUGUUGCCUUUGGAGAGUGCAACAGCUUCAGUUGUCCACUUCCAUUGUAACAGUAUAGAUGCUUCUGUGCCAUCUGAUGAAAAGUCUUGGGGCUCAGAGGAUCAACAUGAUCGGUGGUUGGCGUUUGGGCAGAGCAGUUUGUCACCUACCAGGCGAAGGACCUUUGAUGAUCAAUCUAUUCAAUCAUUUAUUCCGCAGACAUCCCCUACUGAACAAUCGGUCACCAAUAUCCCACGUUCUUCAAAGCUGCUCACUCCGAGCCCCUUUGGAGAGCAGUCUUUCAACAUUCGUAGUCUUGCUGCAUCCCAGCGAUCUAUUCGUAGACUUCCAUCACUGAAGGUGCAAGAGUAG